AUGGCUAGCAGCAUCCCCUUGUGGGGUUCAGUGCAGCAGGUAGGCAGGCAGACCAGCGCGGAGGACGGACUGAGGAGGUCUCUUGGUGAGCAGGCAGGCACGCCACGGGGAAGGGCGUUUGGCGAUGGAGGUGUGGUGAUGCAAGUGGGCAGGGGCAAGGGUGCGGACCAGGCUCGAAGCACAUGUGUAACAACUCCUGGUUUCGGGACAUCGAAUGAUGCCGGGCGGGGCCCCGGCGGCCGGGAAAAGGUGGGGCCCGUCCCUGGUACGUACCUGCGCAAGUUCAGACGUUUCUGGCAAACUCUACGCAGAGCUAAGUCCACACUACCGGCAGUCCAACACGAAUGGUUUCGCCAUCAAGACACGCCUCUAGGCACCAUUGGCCUGUCUGUGGCCCUCGCCCGGGGGCACGGUGGGUGGUCGGAGCCAUUCAUUCGCUGCUUCGGCUGAAGAAGGAAAAGUGUCCAGGUACACUCCUGCCUCUGGUGCGACGAAACAACAUCGUCAAAGAGGCAGGCCAUGGAUGCCGCUCUAGAAAAAAGUAACUCGCUCUACAUUCACCAUGUCCUGGGUCCAUUGGUCCAC